AUGGCACAGUCACACACGAACGAAGAGGCGGUCACAACAACAACCACCUUCUUCAUAUCAAAUCUGCACUGCCCUAGUUGUAUCACCAGUAUCCAGUUCUGCUUGGAAGAUUUGGGCAUCCAACCGACUUCUAUCUCUCAUUCAAUUAUUCACCACUCUGUCACCAUCCGCCACUAUCCUGAAACAUCACCCAACACCAUCACCUCUAGCUUAGAACAAGCAGGCUUUGAGGUCUUCAGUGUUGCACAAGCAGAUCGGGAACCCACAUUCAGACCUUGGCAACCUGAGGAUACCGGCAUCAAUGAAGACUGGGGCCUAGAGCAAGCUGUCCAGCGAUGGAAGACUGCAUGGAAGGACAAAGAUGUCGAGGUGGAGAACAGCAGAAAGAGAAAGAGACAUGUGGAGCAAUGUGCUCAAUGUCUCAAAGAACUUCGAAAUGCAUCUGAUAUCGAGAGAGGGGUCUCUAUCUCUACAGAAGAGGGAGACGCUGCGAAGGACACCGAAGAGCUUGGUUCUGUAACGACUGCAACACCUGAGCUCUUCCGUGCCACUUUCUCGAUCGAUGGUAUGACAUGCAGUGCUUGCGUCACCAAUGUCUCUCAGGCCAUCUCUCAGCAUUCCUUUGCACAGGACAUCAAUGUCAACCUACUCAGCAAUUCCGCUACAGUCACCUUUUCAGGUCGCGACAACGACAAGGUAAUCCUUGAGUCGAUUGACGAUGCUGGAUAUGACAUUUCUUUGAAUGAGAUUGAGAAGUUGGGUAACAAGCAGAAGCAAAGUCCGGAUGAACACACAUGGAAAGCAACAUUCUCAGUCACUGGUAUGACUUGUGCUGCUUGUGUGAGAUCUUUGACAGCUGGACUUGAGGAACCAGCAUGGAUUACAAACGUUCAAGUAAAUCUGAUCUCCAACAGUGCGACGGUAGCCUUCGAAGGAACCAAAGAUAAGGCCAAGGACAUCGUGGUAAUCAUCGAAGAGCUCGGCUUCGACGCCUCGGUCGAGGAUUUGCAAGGCGUUGACGCAACGCAGAGUUCGUCCACAGAACGAAAUAUCGCCCUACGAGUGACAGGCAUGUACUGUCAUCACUGCCCGCCACGGAUACUACAGGCUCUCUCGGACAGAUUUGGCAAAGACGUAACAAUCGACGAAGAAUGCAGUGUAACGAGUCCGCUUCUAAAACUCAGAUAUCAACCUCAGCCACCAACCUUGACCCUUCGACACAUCAUCGAUACUAUCAAUGCAGUUGAUGACGAAGUCCAAGUUAGCAUUUUCAACCCUCCAACACUUGAACAGAGAUCAAGAGAGAUUCAUGCUGCUGAACGCAGGAAGAUACUCCUUCGCUUCACCCUCUCCCUCGUUACCGCAGUCCCCACCUUCAUAAUUGGCAUUGUCUACAUGACUCUUGUCAAUCAUGAAAAUGGAGGUCGCAGAUACCUCAUGCAACACAUCUGGGCCGGCACAGUCAGCAGAGCAGAUUGGGCUCUCUUCAUAAUGGGCACAGUCAUCUACUUCUUUGCCGCUGAUAUCUUUCACAUUCGCAGCCUUCAAGGCAUCUAUCUCAUGUGGAAACCUUCAUCCAAAACUCCUCUUAGUCAUCGACUGUUGAGAUUUGGCAACAUGAAUAUGCUGAUUAGUCUUGGAACUUCAAUUGCAUACUUCGCUUCCAUCGCGGCCCUUGCUAUCAAUGCUACGAGUGCGAAGGCGAUGGGCGAGGGUCAAGCUUAUUACUUCGACAGCGUGGUUUUCCUGACUUUGUUCCUGCUUGGGGGCAGAGGCUUGGAGGCCUGGAGCAAAGCAAAGACUGGAGACGCUGUUGCUGCUCUGGGGUCUUUGAGGCCUGAUACCGCACUCCUCGUCACCCAUGUCGUACCUUCUCCCGACACUACGACUUUGGAAAAGACGGCUACAGAACUGCUGGAGGUCGGAGAUGUGGUCAGAGUUCUCCACGGCAGUUCUCCGCCCUUUGACGGCACCAUUAUAGAUGGCGAAACCAAAUUCGACGAAGCCAGUCUGACUGGAGAGGCAAGGCUUGUCGCCAAACAUGCAGGAGACCAGGUCUUCUCGGGCACGAUCAACAAAGGCUCACCCAUCGACAUACGCUUGACCAGCAUCUCUGGCACUUCGAUGCUAGACCAGAUCAUCAAAGUGGUUCGCGAAGGACAGACAAAGCGUGCUCCGGUAGAGAGAGUAGCUGAUAUCAUAACCUCACGCUUCGUGCCAUUCAUAGUUCUCAUCGGCAUUGCUACCUGGAUUAUCUGGCUCUCACUCGGUCUUUCUGGGGCCUUGCCAGUCGAAUACCUGGAUUCAGAGAUCGGCGGGUGGCCAUUUUGGUCCCUACAGUUUUCCAUAGCUGUGUUCGUGGUGGCAUGUCCUUGCGGUAUUGGUCUUGCUGCUCCCACUGCUCUUUUCGUGGGUGGUGGUCUGGCAGCCAAAUAUGGUAUACUAGUCAAGGGAGGUGGCGAGGCUUUCCAAGAGGCUAGUAUGCUUGAUUGUGUUGUCUUUGAUAAGACCGGCACUUUGACACAAGGCACUGCGCCUGCUGUCACAGAUUGCAAGACCUUCGGCAAUAAUGACGAGAAGAUUAUGAUGAUGGCGAAAGCGCUUGAGGAAAACAGUAGUCAUCCGGUCGCAAGAGCUGUCGUCGAGCAUAGUAAAGCUAAGAUUCAAGAGACUGAAGGCACGCAGGCUCUCAAUGUUGAGGAGUUGCCUGGCAAGGGUCUCAAAGGCACUUUCGACAUCGACUCGGAGACACAGAUCACAGCAAUCAUCGGCAACGAAGCGCUCAUGGCAGACUUCGAUGUACGAAUCGACUUAGAAAGCAAGAAGUUGAUUGAGAGCUGGAAACAGCAGGGCAAGUCUAUCGCUCUUCUAUCAACUUCUUCGUCCUCCUCGAAUACAGGCUUCACUCUAGCAGCAGCCUUCGCCAUCGCGGAUCCUCUACGACCCGAGGCAGCCACAAUUGUCAAGUGGCUGCAAGACCAAGGUCUUGAAGUAUGGAUGGUCUCUGGAGACAACACGACGACUGCGAACAGCGUGGGCGCAGCAGUCGGCAUACCGUCCUCCAACAUCAUGGCUGGAGUUUUGCCUGAGCAAAAAGCAGAUAAGAUCAAGUAUCUGCAGCAGACGCUUGUACCAAGGCAUUCUCGAGGUUUAAUCGGUUCACGCAAGCAAAGGGCUACUGUGGCCAUGUGCGGUGAUGGUAUCAAUGACGCUCCAGCUCUUGCGACGGCAGAUUUGAGCAUUGCAAUCGGAUCGGGAUCCGAUGUGGCUCUGUCGACGGCAUCAUUCGUCCUGGUAACAUCUGACUUGCGUGCUUUGGUCCGACUAUUGGAGCUGUCGCGAGUCGUGUUUCGCCGAGUUGUGCUCAACUUUGCUUGGGCGUUGGUGUACAAUCUUGUUGCUCUGCCAGUUGCUGCAGGAGCGUUGUAUGCGAUUACCAGCGGAGGAAAGCACGUCCGACUGGAUCCGGUAUGGGCGAGUUUGGCCAUGGCACUGAGCUCGGUUUCGGUGGUAUCCAGCAGUCUCCUGCUGCGCACCAAAAUUCCGAUCCUCGGAUUCAGGCCGUCAAAAGUUAUGUAG